AUGUUUGGUUUGUUACUCACAUUGCUGGGUUGGGUGGGUCUGAGCCCAGUUCCCUUUCUGGCUGGAGUCAUAGGGGCCACUGAACCCGCACUCAAGUUGUUAAUAUCCAUCUUAAUAGCAUACCCACUUGCGAUUGUUUAUCAUAAAUAUGUACGGCAACAUGUGGAAUAUAGGAACUUGUAUUUCAUAGCAACGGGAUUAGACAUGGCUUACUAUAACUUUGGUAUCUCCAUGUACCAUAAUGCCAUACCAGCUUUAGUAAUAUAUAUAACCACCAAGAUCUUUGGGCCAGGAAAGGUCCACUCCAUAAUCACAUUUGCUUUCAAUAUGGCGUAUCUACUCGCUGGGUAUGUGGUGACUGAAUCUGAAGAGUAUGAUAUAACUUGGACUAUGCCCCACUGCGUGCUGACCCUCAAGUUGAUUGCUUUGUCGUUUGAUUUAUGGGAUGGAAAGAAGAUGCUAAAAGGACAGGAACUAUCAGCAAACAAUAAAUUAACAGCCAUAGAAAGCGCACCAACAUUUUUGGAGCUGAUUGGAUUUGUUUAUUUCCCUGCGUGUUUCCUAGUCGGACCUAUAUUUUCCUUCAGGCGUUACAAAGACUAUAUCACCGACAAGUUUCCAUUGGAUAAAGAAAAUGCCGUGUAUGAAGCGCAAGCUAUCAAACGACUUGUUCAAGGACUGGUCUAUUUGGUUGCAUAUCAAGUUGGAGUUACCGUAUUUAGCAUGAAAUAUAUGCUGUCCGAUGAGUUCAGGGAAACAUCUAUAUUUUAUCGGCAUUUCUACUGUGGACUUUGGGCUCAUUUUGCUUUGUACAAAUACAUUUCCUGCUGGCUACUGACUGAAGCAUCAUGUAUCCGAUUUGGGUUAUCAUUCAAUGGCAUGGAGACCAAAGGCUACCCGCAGGUGAGUAAGUGGGAUGGUUGCAACAACAUCAAGUUGCUGCGGUUCGAAGGCGCCACGCGGUUCCAGCACUACAUCGACAGCUUCAACUGCAACACCAAUUACUUCGCCGCUGAAUACGUGUACAAGCGACUCCGCUUCCUCGGUAACCGCAACCUUAGCCAGCUAAUCACGCUCGCGUUCCUCGCACUAUGGCACGGCACACAGUCCGGAUACUACAUGACCUUUUUCAAUGAAUUUAUUAUAAUGGUCAUGGAGAAGGAUAUCGAAGUAAUGCUUACCAAAACACAAUUCUAUCAUAAAAUGUGGGGCAACACAAUCUUCAAGUACCUGUUAUACAUAAUUCUUAAAACCUACACCAUAGUGUUUAUGGGCUGGAGUUUGGCACCGUUUGACGCUAAGAGCUUUUCAAAAUGGUGGUCCAUAUACGCCAGUUUAUAUUUCUCAGGAUUUAUCCUAUUCUUGCCAUGGUCUUUUGUCUAUAAACCUCUAAUCAAAUCUGGUUUAAAAAGCUUAGAAAAUAAUGAAUCAAAAACUGAAUAA